GCCCAGCGCAUGCUCUCUAAGCUUGGGGUCCAGAAUGUUGGGAAGCUGUCGGACUAUGAGCUCUGUGUAGCUGCCAAUUUGCUGGAUCCUCAUUCGAUGGAGGUGACAUGGGGCAAGAUUGGAGGCUUGGAAAACAUCAUCCAGGAAAUCCAAGAGACUGUUAUCUUGCCCUUUCAGCGAGCUGACCUGUUUCGCAACUCUAGUCUUUUGCAGCCCCCUAAAGGUAUCCUCCUUCACGGGCCUCCGGGCUGCGGGAAGACAAUGAUCGCCAAGGCUACAGCCAAAGCGGCAGGUGCUCGCUUCAUCAACCUGCAAGUGUCUACCCUGGUGGAUAAAUGGUAUGGAGAGUCACAGAAACGUGCUGAGGCUGUCUUCUCUCUGGCUAUCAAGCUGCAGCCAACCAUCAUUUUCAUUGAUGAAAUUGAUUCAUUCUUGCGUUCACGUUCAUCCACGGACCAUGAAGCCACAGCUAUGAUGAAGACACAGUUCAUGAGCCUUUGGGACGGCUUGACGACAGACCCGAACCUGAGGGUCAUGAUCAUGGGUGCCACCAACAGACCUCAGGAUGUGGAUGCUGCUAUUCUGAGACGUAUGCCCAGCCAGUUUUACGUGGGGAUGCCAGAUAGUUCGCAGCGUGAGUCCAUCUUACAGUUGAUUCUGCAGCAGGAAGAUACUGAGGAGCUGAACUACAGCCAGCUGAGUCAGCUGGGCGAAGGAUUGUCCGGCAGUGACCUAAGAGAAGCAUGUCGGUCAGCAGCUGUAGCUGUGGUACAUGAGUACGUCCAGGCACAUUCCAGGGAAUUGGAGCCCACUGGUAAUGGUGAUGCAGAGGAGCUUCGUCGCAUGACCAUGGCAGACCUCCAAACAGCCAUUCACAAAGUGAAGUCUACCAAGGCUCUAAGCGCUCGACCGCUUGCUUUCCCACUAGACUAGCACUGUAUGUAUGUUUCUCGGAACAUGAUCUUGUUUUUAUUUGAAAAGGGAGAAUGGGAGUGUGAUUGUCAGCCAUAGACUUGUAUUGUAAUAUCCUAGACCGUGUACUCUGGCGUGUUUCUGGUUCUCUAUGGAAUGCACAAUUGGACUUGGUCUAAGCCACAUGAAGGGUGAAAGAUGGAAAGUACAGUAUGCACUCAGCUAUAGUGAAAAUGGUGUUCGCCUUUCAUUUGGUUGUAAUCCCAUAGCCUAUGGUGUGCACACUUCGCAGUGUCUUUAUAGCGAGCAAAGAAUUUCGGCCAUGACAGUGCAUGGUCUAGGAGUAGUCUACAAGUCUAUGGUUUCAGGUGUGUGAGAACCACCAAGGUACCCAGGUGUUGUUUGUUGGACGAAGAGUGAAUAUGGCUUGAUGAAUGCUACACAGUUCUGUUCAUGAUAUGCAUUAUCAGAGUGCAUGGCUAUUGUUUAUUGUUUUGUUAAUGAAAUGGUGAUAGUGAGA